CCCUCAUGAUAUAGAAAUAGAAUUGGUUCCAGCGUCGCUGUUGUCUCAGUUGGGUGUUCAAACCCUAACUACCGCCACCGCAUUGCAAUGAUGGUGGAACCCUAUGCGAAAUCUCCUUUCCACCUUUCAAUCAUCGUCAGAUGGAGAAGAGAGAAAAAAGAGAGGAAAACCCUAUUGGAAGUAAAAUUGAGGGCAAGCAGUAGGGACCAGGGUAGUGAAACUGGGCCAUGGUUGUUGGCAGUAGCUGGUAUAUAUCACCAACCCCCUUUCCUUCCUUCUGUUUCUUCCACAAAGUCUCCUUCAUCUCAUCUCGAGUCCUAUCCGUGGCCCUCUUUUAAGGUCUGGUUUGGAUGACAUAUUAAAUCAUCCAAAGUUGCAUCUUAUGAUUAUGGGUUCUGGAGAUUGGUUUAAAACAAUCAUUGGCAAGAGGAAAACAAAACAGCACAGAUCGAAAGAAACAAAGGGAUCUGCUCGUGACCAGUCAAAUGGAUUCAAGUUGAAAAACCAGCCUAGUAAAUCAUCAAAUAAAUUAUAUAAUGGUUCUCGUGGCAGAAAUAAUCUGGGAGAAUCUGGUUUUAGUUCUGAGGAGAUGGCAGCUAUUCGAAUACAAACUGCAUUUCGAGGCUACAAGGCUAGAAAAAUUUCACGCCAACUGAAAGGAACACAAAGAUUAAGUUUCCUUUCUGAUGGCGGUUCUGUUAAAAGGCAGACAUCUCUCACUUUGCAGUUUGCUCAUUCCUGGAGCAAAAUACAAACACAAAUAAGAGCUCGGCGUGUUUCUAUGGCAACAGAAGGCCGAAUUAAGCAAAAGAGAUAUGAAACCCAAACAAAACUUGAGGCCAAGCUUCAUGAUUUAGAAGUGGAAUGGUGUGGAGGUGUUGAAACAAUGGAAGGAAUCCUCUCCAGAAUCUAUCAAAGAGAAGAAGCUGCAGUUAAGCGUGAACGGGCCAUGGCCUAUGCAUUUUCUCACCAGUGGAGGGCCAACCCUGGUGUAAACCAAGGGCAGCCCUAUGAAAUUGGUAAAGGAAAUUGGGGCUGGAGCUGGAUGGAACGGUGGAUUGCUGUUCGUCCGUGGGAGAUGAGGAUCACCACCUUGCAGAAAACACAAUCCAAAGCAGCAGUCAAGACAAUUAAGAAGGGAAAUUUACCCAUAAGCAGUGCUCAGAGCGUGAUCAAGCCUCCAAUACCAAUUUCCGCCAGUAGAAUCCCUGCAAAGAAGAAUUCAGCUAGGUUGGCAGACGAAAAGGCAGUUAACCAAAAACAGAAUCCUGCCACGAUGACUACGCAAACUUGUGAAGUUGUCUGAGAAAACCAAUUCACUACCUAAAAUAUAUUGCAUACUCUCCUAUAUCAGUGCAGGCUUCUGCUGGAAAAGAAUGGUUAGGUGUAAUUUAUCUUUAUGUAUGUGCUUUCCAUGUGACCUGAAGACUGUUCUUUGAUCCCCCACCGUAGCUUCUUUGGAAUAAAAGAUCGGAUGUGGUGCCCGAAAUGAAGACUGCUUACAAUGAUUGAUUUCAAACGAUAAUCACUGUACAUUUUGUAAGUUUUUAUUAUCAUAUACUUCUUUGUUUGCUUGCUUCUGUCUCUUUUUUGUUUUUUUUACUUUUAUUUUGGGUGCUUUCGGAGGAUUAGAUUGGAAUUCAACUUAUGAAUGCAAGUAAUUACUGUUUAAAUUUUUUA